UUGCCGGAACCCUUCUUUUCGUUCCGGGCCUCAAUAGAGUAAUCAUGGCGGCCGAUGGAGACGUCGAUUUGGACCUCGAAGCCGACGAAAACUGCACCGGAAAACCGGCAGAGAAGCCCCGUAAACAUGACAGCGGCGCCGCGGACCUGGAGAGGGUCACGGACUACGCGGAGGAGAAGGAGAUCUCCAGCUCUGACUUAGAAACGGCGAUGUCGGUGAUCGGAGACAGACGGUCACGGGAGCAGAAAGCCAAGCAGGACAGAGAGAGAGAGUUGGCCAAAGUCACCAUCAAGAAAGAGGACGUGGAACUAAUUAUGUCGGAGAUGGAGAUCUCGAGGUCGGUGGCGGAGCGCGGCCUGAGGGAACACAUGGGCAACGUGGUGGAGGCGCUGGUGACUCUGACCAACUGAACAAAGACGCCACAACGUUUCUCUCUCCCCCAAAUCUGAACUCUUGUUUUGUUUUUUCAAUAAAAGUUGACCUGCUUCA